UCUCUCAAGUCUUCAAUCGAGAGUUUUGUUUCUGUUUUUUCUCUCUCUUAUUAUUUUUUUAGGCUGUGAUUCCUCUUCCAAGGCCUUUUCUAGAUCGUUCUCUUCUCUCAAAACUGUUCAGAAUUUUAAUAACUUUCUUAUUCUUUCCUCUUAUUAGAGUAACAUUUUGUUCAAAAUGAGAAUGUGGGUUAUAUAUUUCCCUCUGUCAUUUCUGAUCAAUAUCUUCUGUCUCUGCAUAUAAAGAAACCUCGUUCAGGAAGGUUCCAUUUGUUUGCCAUCUUUGUUCAGGCCUCAGCCAAAACCAUGAUUUACCCAGUAAUUUCCUUUAAAAACCCAAUAAUUUUAACCAAUCCAAAAAUCUCAAGAAUCCAGGAGAGAUACACAAAGUUACCAAACUUUCAAUUAAGAUCAACAUUCAGGCCUUCCCAGUAUCAUAAUCCUAACAGCAAUACAGUUAACAAGGAUAUAAAAUCCCAAACCCAACUCAAAAACCAUUUUAUAGUAACCAACCAGGAUGAGGUUUCUGUCAGGAAACGCAAGAAAAGGAAGGAAUGUGAGGAGAGUAAAGGUUUAUCCCUCGAAGGUUUUCAAGAAAUGUUGGGUUUGUGUGGGUUGGGAUACUGGGUUCAAGGUUUUAGAUGUUUUCCAUGGUUGGCUCUCAACUUCCACAUGGCUCACAAUCUUAACUUGCAACCUUCAACAUUGCAGCUUAUUCAGAAUUCUGGUAAUCUCCCCAUGGUAGCUAAGCCUCUUUAUGGAAUUCUCUCAGAUGCUCUCUAUAUUGGGGGUGCACAUAGAAUACCUUAUAUUUGCAUUGGAGUCCUUCUGCAGGUCCUGUCUUGGGGUCAACUGGCUUUGAUUCCGGUAGCCAGCCAAGCCCUUCCCACCCUCAUGGCAUGUGUUCUUUUCAGUAAUCUUGGAGCAUCCAUUACAGAAGUCACAAAGGAUGCACUUGUGACAGAGUUUGGCCAAAAACAUAGAAUUACUGGACUCCAAUCUUAUGCCUACAUGGCUUUAGCUACUGGUGGGAUCCUGGGCAACUUACUAGGUGGAUAUUUCUUACUCAAGGCAGCACCUGGAACGAUGUUCCUCAUUUUUUCAGUUUUAUUAUCUCUUCAGCUUGCAAUAUCUUUAUCAGCAAGAGAAGAAUGUCUUGGUUUAGCCCAACCUUCAGAUCACAUUCUUACAAGACAAUCAAUUUUGGAAAAUAUCAGAAAACAGCUCUCUGAUCUUAUGAUUGCCAUCAGUGAGGACAGCAUAUUUCGACCACUAACUUGGAUAGUAGCUUCUAUUGCCAUGGUUCCUGUUCUGUCAGGCUCACUCUUUUGUUAUCAAACUCAAUGUCUACAUUUUGAUCCUAGAGUUAUUGGAAUGUCACGAGUAAUUGGCCAAUUGAUGCUUCUUUCCUUGACUGUGCUUUAUGAUCGUUAUUGGAAACAAAUUCCCAUGAGGAAAUUGAUUGGUGCAGUACAGGUUUUGUAUGCAUCUUCACUUCUUCUUGACCUCAUUUUAGUAAGACACAUCAAUCUAGGUAUGGGAAUUCCCAAUGAAGUAUUUGCCCUUUGCUUUUCUGGUUUAGCAGAAACUCUUGCGCAAUUUAAGGUUCUUCCUUUUUCGGUGCUACUGGCAACUUUGUGUCCAAGGGGUUGCGAAGGAUCUCUAACAUCAUUCUUAGCAUCAGCAUUGUGCCUAUCAUCAAUUAUUAGUGGAUUUUGGGGAGUUGGGUUGGCUGCUUUGCUUGGAAUAAAGUCUGGAGAUUACUCAAGAUUACCUGUAGGAAUUUUAAUACAGUUUCUUGCAGCACUAUUGCCUUUAGGAUUGAUUCAUCAAGUACCUAUGUCUCAGCCUGUUGAGAAGGGAAUAAAGAGAGGUCUAAGUAAAAGGAAUCGAAGAAACAGAAGGAUUGGAAGAGUUGUGGUUGGUUCAGUUUUUGUUUACCGCCGAGAAAGAGAAUCUGAGGCUCAAAAGUAGAGAACUUAUUCAAUUUGGCAGUGAGAACUUCUUAUGUGCAUGAGCUUAAAAAGGGAAAAAUGCUGGAUAGUUGAAGUCCUUUAUUAUUGAAUUGAUGUCACCAUCUGUGAAUUACCAUCAUUGAGCUCAGAUCAUCUUUGUGCACCCAGCAGUUUUUCCAUGUACAUAAAGGUCUUGCUUUUGAACAUUGUUUUUUGGUUCUGACUGCAGAAGGUGAUCACCAUGCAUGCUUUGGAAUUUAGUUGAAAUGGUGAACAUAUAUUCUGACCAAGGUUCCUGAUCCAUUACUGGCUACUGUUGCCAACCAAGUUCAGAUAUCUGGAAAGCCAAUAACAAAGGACGAUGAUGAGGCUGUGGCUGCAAUCAUAUUAUUGUAUUGUCUUAGUGGUGGAAAGGGUAUGCAUUGAGGUUCACCAUAGAUUCAGUAUGGCCUGUGAAAGUUCCUGCUUCAUGUGCAGAUGAAAUGAAUUUGUAACAGAAAUUUUAAAUGGUUAUGUUGUUUGCAGUAUAAGAAAUAUCUUAUUUUGAGAAAAAUGAGAAAAGAGCCAUUUAUCAAUUCUAGCACUUGUGUCUUUACUAUUGGUCUCUCUUUAGCCAUU